AUGCCAAAGGCUGAAUUCGGAACAGUUAAAUGGUUAUCUAAACAAAUUAAGUCGAAAGGAUUGCAAAAACUUAGGUGGUAUUGUCAGCUAUGCGAAAAACAAUGUAGAGAUGAAAAUGGUUUUAAAUGCCAUAGAAUGUCGGAUGCACAUUUGAGGCAGAUGGAGGUUUUUGAACAAAACUCCAAAAAAAUUUUAAACGAUUACAGUAAACAAUUUGAAUCUGCGUUUAUGAAAUUAAUGAAAACUAGAUAUUCAAAAACCAAAGUACUUGCAAAUACAGUUUAUAAUGACAUUAUUCAUGAUAGAAACCACAUUCAUAUGAACUCAACAAAAUGGACAACUCUAACAGAGUUUAUUCAUUAUUUGAGUAACACGAAUAAAUGUUCAAUUGAAUAUUCGGAUAAAGGAUGGUAUAUUCAAUAUAUCGAUCACGAAAUUGAAAAAAAAAACAGGGAUUUGGACUCGAAGAAUAAAUUCAGAUUUACUGAAGACCUCAAAAGAGAAAAAAGAAUAGGAAUGCUAGUUAAGUCAAACUCAAUGUCAAAUCAAGGAGAUUCUAUUGUUAAAAGAUGCCCAACAGUGUUUUUGAGGGGAAUUAACAAUUCUGAAGAAAAUGACAAAAUUUCAAUUAAAAUGAACAAUAAAAAUAGCAUUAAUGAAUAUAACCCAGUCCAAAAUCCGUUUAUUUAUAAGGAACGAGACGUUAAUUACAAUAAAAGCCUUGACUCUCAAGACCGUGAUGAAGAAAAAUUGAGAAAUAAUGGGAUAAGAAGUAGUAGUUUUUCUAGAGAAGGAUAUUAG